AUGGCACGACAUAAAGAAUUGAGGGAGAAAAUUAGACAACUGACCUCGCUAUAUGAUAUUACAUCGGCCGAGUGCAUCUACGAGGACCAAGAUCAAGACCCGACAGGAUCAUUGCGAAUUGAGGACAUACGGCUGGCAACCAGGAAACUAGAAGAUGAUCCCACCCAAGUACAAGACGACCUCUUCGAGGUGAAUCUGGGGACAGAUGAUUCGCUGAAGCCGAUAUAUAUCAACGCAGGACUGGACGAGGGAUUCAGAGAACAACUGGUCGCUCUACUCGUGGAGUUCUGCGACUGUUUUUCCUGGUCGUAUGAUGAGAUGCCUGGCCUUGACCCUGAUAUCGCCGAGCAUAAACUUCCACUGAAAAGUGGGUUUCGGCCAUUUCGGCAACCUCCCCGGCGAAUGUCCAGGGAAGUGGAUACUCUCAUCCAGGAUGAGAUUAAGCGGCUGGAAGAUGCCAAGUUUAUUCGGGAAGCCCAGUACACCGAAUGGCUCUCUAACAUCGUACCAGUGAUGAAGAAAAACGGGAAGCUAAGAGUAUGCGUAGAUUUUCGAAACCUCAACCUGGCCACACCCAAGGACGAAUACCCGAUGCCGGUGGCCGAUAUGCUAAUCGACAGGGCAGCUGGACACACGAUACUCAGUUUCCUCGAUGCGCACUCUGGAUACAACCAAGUUCCAAUCAGCAAGGAGGACAUCUCCAAAACGGCUUUUAGAUGCCCCGGGCCGAUCGGAGCCUGGAGUGUUUUGCUGAGAGGAAAAGAGGCCGAUGAGUGGAUAUGGACGGACGAGCAACAGAGGGUGUUCGACGAUUUGAAAGGUUACUUGGAAAAACCUCCGGUUAUGACCCCUCCAAAGCCGAAUAAGCCGUUGUUACUAUACCUAUCGGCUGCACGCGAAUCCCUAGGAUGUAUGCUCGCCCAAGAGGACGAUGGGGUCGAGAGAGCAGUCUACUAUUUGAUCCGAGGACUGACGGACACAGAGAUUCGCUAUACCGACAUAGAAAAAAUGUGUCUAUGCCUGCACUUCACAUGCUGCAAGCUGCGAUACUAUAUGUUGCCGGUCGUAGUGUACGUAUUGUCCCAGACCGAUAUCAUUAAGUAUAUCUUAUCGAAGCCAUACCUGAGGAAUCGGAUUGGAAAAUGGGCGAUUGCUAUGUCCGAAUUUACGUUGGUGUAUGUUUCCCAAAGAGCAGUAAAAGGACAAGUGUUGGCAGAUUUCUUGGCCGAUCACCCUGGUAUUACCCUCAAGGAAGAAACAGUCACGUUCGGCGACGUCACCACAUGGGAGAUGUGGUUCGAUGGGUCCAGGACAAGCCAGGGGGCAGGCGCAGGAGUACACAUCGUCACACCCUUGGGGACAUCCUACCAGUUGUCAUUCAGACUCCAGUUCGAAUGUACCAACAAUCAGGCAGAAUACGAAGCCCUAAUUUUCGGCCUUGAAAUCCUUGCCGAACUGGGGGCAAAAACAAUCAACGUCAAAGGCGAUUCGUUGUUAGUCAUUAAACAAGUAACUGGGGAGUUCAAAUGCGAAUCCGAACUGCUGGUGAGGUAUUGCAAUAAGGCAAAGCAUCUCAUCGAAGGCUUUCAGGACACAAGGAUGGAAUACACAGAGAGAGCCGAUAAUGUUGUCGCGAAUGAUUUAGCCCAGCACGGUAGUGGGUACAAAACGAAUCUCUGCUUGGACACAAUAGAACGAGACAUGCCAAAUCUACAUACUGGGGGCAUCACCAUCGACGAAAGAAUAUUUUCGGCCUACCAACUUGAUGUUAACCAAGAUUGGAGAAUUGAAGUCCUGAGUUGGUUCGAGAAGCCAGACCAUACGAAUAGAAGGUUGAGAACCUUGGCACUAAACUAUGUAGUUCUAGCGGGCGAACUAUAUAAAAAGGGCUUUGAAGGGCUACUCUUCAGAUGUAUCGGUCCUAAAGAAGCAAUGCUAGCAAUGGCCGAAGUUCACGAAGGAAUAGCCGGUGCUCACCAAGCGGGCCCUAGAAUGAGAUGGUUAAUCCACAAAUAUGGCUUCUAUUGGCCGAAGAUGGAACAGGACUGCAUAAGAUACGCUAAGGGGUGCGAAGCUUGUCAGAAAGCUGGCCCUAUACAACAUGUCCCGGCCGAGGAACUACACUCCAUCAUCAAGCCAUGGCCGUUUAGAGGAUGGGUGGUCGACCUCAUAGGGAAAAUAUAUCUUGGCUCGUCUGACGGCCACACUUUCGUUAUCAUCGCCACUUGCUAUUUCACUAAGUGGGUCGAGGCCAAACCCUUGAAGUCACCAACACAAGAAGCUGUGAUCAAAUUCUUCAAAGAAUAUAUCGUCCACAGACAUGGAUUACCCGAAUCAAUAACCACUGACCAGGGGACGAUGUUCACAGGAGGCGAUAUAGUUUGGUGGGCUUCUCAGAUGAAGGUUAAAAUGUUACAUUCAACACCAUACUACGCCCAAGCCAACGGACAGGCCGAAGCCACGAACAAAGCGAUCAAGCUUAUAGUUCAGAAAAUGAUUGAAGAAAACCCGAGACAAUGGCAUGUGCUUUUGUCAGAGGCAGUUUGGGCGAACAGGACCAGCCAGAAGUCAGCCACCGGGACUUCGCCCUUCAGAUUGGUGUAUGGUUAUGAUGCAAUGUUGCCAAUGGAGCUGACAGUCACGUCUACUCGCCGCAGAUACCAGAACAAAUUGUCCAAAGACGAUUACUUCGACAAAAUGGUGAUAGAUACUCUGGACCUCGACGAAGAACGUUUGACGGCGCUAGAUCACAUCGAAGCUCAGAAAAGAAGGGUCGAGAGAGCUUAUAACAAACGGGUUAAACGAAAGACAUUUAUGGUAGGCGAUAUAGUAUGGAAGGCAGUCUUGCCUAUCGGACAUAAAGAUACUCGGCUCGGAAAAUGGAGCCCGAAUUGGGAAGGCCCCUUUAUUGUGGUCAACAAGUUAACAGGCGGAGCAUACUUGUUGGCAGAUAUUGAUGGGGAAGAACACGACAGGGCGAUCAACGGUCAGUUCCUGAAAAAGUACGUUCCUAGCUGUUGGGAGGGCGUAGACCGUCGGUUAUUUGGAGCCGACGAAGAGUAG